AUGUGUAAGGCCAGGAGAGAAGAAGGAAAGGACGGAAGGGAAGGACGGAAGGGAAGGACAGAAGGAAAGGAAGGGGAGACAGGGAGGGGCAAGAAGGAAAAAGGAGGAAGCAACUCACUGUUUGAUGCAAUCUUUUCCUCGAUGUUUUCGACUCAGGGUCUCGGCUGCUCUCAAGCUUCGGUUUUGCGCGGUAAAUCUCUCUUGACCACGGGCGUUCGCAGACAACCCACGGUAGACCAAUCAAGGUCGCGGUACGCUGUCAGGUUCGGUGUGUAUCUCCUUCAGACGAAUCGGAGGACAUCGGCCCAGCGCCAACUAUCAAGUUGA